CAAGACAGGCAGAUGAGUGUCCCAUUGAUUUGGAUUACUGGCAUUUGACAUUGUUCCUUCAUACAUCGCUCAUCUCUUUUCACUUGCAGCACGUUAGGGACAUAUUUAUUUAUACAAAACCGUAUUCUUCCUGGAACUACAUCACCAACAAUAUCAUAUUUGAAACCAAACUGCUCUUCCAUGUCUUCUCAGAUAUCGACAUGAAGGGCCUCUUCUUCCUGUGUGCACUAUUCUGUGGAGCUCAAACAUUACAGCCUAUUUCUGUUGAUCAUACAAAUGAAACCACAAAUGGUAACACUUUAUCAGCUACAACAAUGUACACAGAUGUUGCCACCAGUGUUGCCAGCACCGCGCAUGAUGCCAUCACACCGUCAACUAAAACAGCCUCCAAAGACUCCAAAAGGCAGAGCUCUUCACCUGACACAAAGCCAACCACCACAAAGCCAACCACCACCAUACCUAUCAAUAGGUUUUACAAGGAAUGGAAGAAAUGUCCUCUUAUGGUCAUGGUGUCUGGCAGCCUGAUCAUAGCCUGUACCAUUCUGCUGCUUUCUGUUGUGGUGUUGAUAUGGAAGGUGUGCCACUUGAGAAGGCGCGUCAAGAUGCUGAGCAGCAACGCGGACCUGAUCAGCACCAAUGAUUACUGGAUGGGAACUGCCAAGAAGAACAAAGAGACAGAAGCCAAAGAGACCACCGUGUUAAUGUCUGACAUCAAUCAAACACAGGAGGAGAUGGGUAACAGUACCACCAAGGAAGAAGGAGAGAAGGUAAAGGAGGAUGGACAAACAGGAGAGGAAGACAAGAAGGAGGUGGGAGACACAAGUGCCAAGAGUGAGGACGCUUCAGCUACACCUGUAACCGUUGAUGAAAAGGCAGCCUCCUCAAAGCCACAAGAGGAGGCCAUUGAUGCCCAGUCCACCAACGCAGUAGCAGCUUCCUCCUCUGAGGGCACAGAGGAACCAAAGGAUGGGGUGUAGAGUUGUGUGUGUAUCCCAAAGAGUUUCCUGUUUCACUUCCCUAUAGUUUUUUUUUUGUUGGUUUUUUUUACUAACCCUUUACAUUAAAUGAAUGAUACUUCUUUCAGCAGCUUUUGCUUUACAGUAAGUUGCAACAACUGCGUGUGCUGCCAAAUCUGUCAAACUGGGCACUGAGCAUUUCUGGCUGAAAACAGUUGGUUUAUACUGUAUUGUUAUUUGUGUAUAUUGGAAUAUAUUAAUAUUAUCAUACACUUUUGUGCAUGAAUAUCUGUGUCUUAACACCUUACUCUUGUGAUGUAUAUACAUUUAUGAUGGAUAUGACAACAACCAGAGGAAUAAAAGAUAAUGUGACCUCA